UUUUUUUUUAUUUCUUCUUUUUUCCACUUCAUAAUCAUUAUUAUCGUAAUUGUACUUUACUUUUGAUUUAAUAAACCAAUAAUAUGAACUCUUCUUUGACGGACCACCUUCUCUCUCUUGACAAGGAAGUGUAUGAAAAGGCAACUCGACAUGAAUUUUUACGACAAGUAGGAACACAUACAAUAGCACCCCAGCAUUUACAAUCGUGGAUAGAACAAGACCGAGCUUACACCAAUGGAUAUACAAAAAUGAUGGGUAUUAUGAUGUCACGCGUUGCACUUUUCCCUGACCAACGUGAAUGGGGUGAUAAUGAUCCACACUAUUCUUCGGCUCAUUCACAACGUAUAUUCAAAACCUUGGCGUUUGCAGCAUCGAAUGUAUUCCGUGAAUGUCAAAUGUUUACCGAUUUGUUGUCUCGUGCUCCUUACAGAUCUUUUGCUCAGCAAGGUAUGAAACACUGGACUAGUCGAUAUGUUGAUUUCCACCAGAAAGUGGCUCGUACAGCUGGAUAUGAUCUUGGUGAGGCAUUAAUUGUCUUGUGGGCUAUGGAAAAGGUGUUUUUGGAAGCAUGGCUUUAUGCAAAAUCAAUUCAGGACAAGCAAAAACUUAGAGGUGAUGAUGAUAUUCAUAUAGCAACCAUUCAAGAACUGAUCAAUAAUUGGACAAUGGAUGAAUUCAAGGAUUUUGUCAAUGAGUGUGCGGCUUUGGUCAACUCUCUCUCUACUUCGGAUCCUCUUCGAUUACAAAGUUUUGAAAAAGUAUAUCGUGAAACAUUGGCCCUGGAAGUCAAAUUUUGGGAUAUGGCUUUUACUGAUAUAUAAUUUAAUCGUCAUAUUAUUAUUAGUAUGUUAUUUUUUUUUUUUUUUUUCAUAUAUUAAAUAAAUAAACUGUAAUUCGAUC